AUGCAUUUCUCUUCUGCUGCACUUCUUGCCCUUUACUCUAUCGGCGUGACCUACGCGGCGCCUUUCGCUAAUCCCGAGAACGAAGAUCUCGCUCGUCGCGCAACCUACUCCGUGGUCAAUGCCGAUGAAGACUCUUCCAGCGCAGUUGCACGCGAAGUCGACACUAUCUUCGAAACCUCCACAGUCACUGCUCCCGGUGCCAACCCAGUGCCCAUCACUGUGACUGUGACUGCCACCCCUUCAAGCGUGGUUCAAUCCUCGACUCCUGUGGCUAGCUCUACUCCGUGCGGGGAGACCCCUAAUGUUCUUCCAACUGCUGGCUCUAACUCGUUCUUCCGCCGGGGCCUGAGAGCCGCUGGUCAGCCUGCUCUCUUUGCUCGCGAAUACUCUAGCUCCUCUUCUGCUGCGCUGUACCCAACCGAGAAUCCCGCUGCCUCUGGUGCUGAGUCUCUCUAUGCUCGUGGCUGGUACUCUAUUGCUUCUAGCACUCCUUCUGUUGCCACCCCUACCGCCUCGACUGGUUCCCUCGUGGCUCGCAGCUUCGGUGAUUCGCUCUCUUCCGCUGCACCUUCUUCCAGCCUAAGUGCUUCCGUCACUGCCACUCCUCUCGUCGCGCGUGGCUGGUACUCUUCUGCUGCCACCCCUACCGCUUCAAGUAGUUCACUUGUGGCUCGCAACUUCGGUGAUUUGUUCUCUUCUGCUUCCGUCGCACCUUCCAGCCUGAGUGCUUCCGUCACUGCCACUCCUCUCGUCGCCCGUGGCUGGUACUCUUCUGCUGCCACCUCAUCUGCCUCGGCGGCUCCCCUUGUUGCCCGCGAUGUGUACGCUUCUCCCUCUAGCUCCAGCGUUCCUACUUCAUCUGCUCCUCUGGCUGUCCGCGGCUCCUAUGGCUGGUACUCUCCCGUCCCCAGCGCUUCCUCUGCUCCCACACCUUCUGCUUCUCCUGCUCUUGUGGCCCGUGAUGUCCGCAACUGGGGGUCUUCCGGUGUCUCUUCCAGCACCUUCGCUGCAUCGGCUACUCCUGUGGUCUACUAA